GUUUUGACACCUCCCAUGUCGUAUGUGGUUGAUUUGCAAAGCUCUGGCUCACAUAGAAGAGGAAACUGUACAGAUGCAGACAUGCUCGGAGUUAGGUCAGCUUAUUUCAUAGUUUUAUUUUCCUGUAAUGCUCUUCUGCUACUUGGAAUCUACAGUCAUGCUCUUGAGGUUUCCAGUUGUCAAACAGAGUAUGGACGAGAGGGAGGAACUAUUGUGCUGUCUCCAGAAACAAUCAACGAAACAAUCACUAAGGGGCAAUGGAAAUAUAAUGAAAAAAAAAUUGCAGACUCAAAAGCAGAUAUUACUGGACAUCAGUUUUCUGGCCGAGAGACAAUGGACAAAACAAAUUACAGUUUAACAUUAAAAGAGCUGAAGACCACAGACUCUGGGGAUUUUACUUUUAUCUCACAGGGAACAUCAAGACAAAGACCCACAUACUGCAUCAAACUAGUGGUACAAGAAGUCCUGACGUCGACACCCACUGUGGCUGUCAUCAACACCACCCAAACCACAAACAGCUCCUGUGUAGUUCUGACACAGUGCAGCUCAGAAUUUCACAAAGACGUGAGCUACAGGUGGACAGUGAACAACAGGAACUACAAUGGACCCAUGCUGGAGUACCCUCUUACAUCACAAGAUGGCACCAUUACCGUUAAAUGUAUUGUUUCUAAUAAGGUCAGUGAGGUGUCAGAGAGCAAGAGCAUCAACUGCCAAUCAACUAAUGAUAAGAAAGGUUCUCCUCUUAAAGAUUCAUUACUGAUCGUGGUGGCAGCAGGAUUGGGCUGUGUUAUACUUGUCAGCGCCAUUGCUUCGGUGGUUUACUGUCGAAACAGGAAAAAACAAGCUGAAUUGGAUGAAGUCACAGUAUAUGCAGAGAUCGAUGAUGUUACAAGCAGUAAGGUUAUGAAGCCCUGUUCACUUUAUGACUCUGUGGAUAUGAAAAUGAGCACUGCAAAACAUAAACCGCAGACGGUAUACGACCAGAUUCAGUUCAAUCGAAUGCAGAAGUGAAUCAUUGGAUCAACACAAUUAUAAUGUUAAGUGAUGAUGUCACUUCCGGGUCUGACCAGAAACUUCAUAGUUGAUUUCUAGGUUUGUUUUUGUUUCUUAUUCAUCAAACAAAAGACACUUACCUUUCAAAAGUGUAUGUUUAGCCACAAAUUGUAUCAACUGUGUAAAUAAUAUAGUAAUAAUCUAUACAGUAUAGAAGAUAUUACAUGUGCCCAGCCUAUCUUUUUACCUCAACCUCCCUCGUACACUUUCUGUCACAGUUGUAAACAAGAUCCAUGCUUAUAACAUUGAUAGCUUUAAAUGACUGCAGUUUUUUUUUUUAACAUGAGAUGUGAUGUUGCUUUAAAAAAAAAAAAAAAAAAAGUCAACAUUUGUUUUCAAUCUGCUGAUGGACAGGAAACACACUAAACAACUCUAUAGAAAAUGAACUUCUUCAUUCUGUUUAUGGCCCAAAAUGUGAUGCCAAAAAGAUAAUUUAAUAUAUGCAUUAACACAGAUGAUUGUAUAUUAUGUAAACAAGAUUAAAAUAUUAAAAGUGUAAAGAUAUACUCUAUGAUAUACUUUCAAGAACUGCAUAAAAUGGCUUAAAAAUACUGUUUGCAUUAUCAUAUUGCACAGCAGUUUAUUUUCACUGCACUCCUGUCAAAGUCAUAUUUUGUGCAAAUUUUUGAACACCUUAGCAUUGUUUUAUGCAGUGAUAUAUGAUUGAUACUUUGCAGAAACAUCACGCAGGCGGUGUUGUACAUGUGUAUCUAUGGUGGAAUGUUUAUCAGUUACUAUGGUGACUCAAUGCAUACAUUAGCAAACACAGCCAGAAAAAUCUGAAGAUAGUCUUAAAAAUACAAGAUGGAUUUAAACAGCACAUUUUCAGGAGCCUGUGAUCAAUACGAGUGUUCAUGGUCAUGUUAAGGAGUUUGAUUUUCAACUAAAAGGUGUGAGUAUCUGAGAAAUUGUUGGCUAAUGCAAGCUAGCUGAUGUCUGUAAUAUUAUUUGAGAGGGACUUGUUUAAGAGCACAGAUCAGCUCUUCUGUUGCAGUUCCAGCAAAGUCAGCUCUUUCUGGUCAGAUUGUGUUAAAAUAAAGCACAGCAGUGGCUUCAUUUACCACCACAUGCUCAAGGGAAUUUGAUUACAUCAGCUGUAGCAAAAGAAAAAAUAAAUUCUAUCAUCUGGACAAAAGUUUUUUAUGCGAAGAUGUUUUGCAGCUCAUCCAAGAGGCCUCUUCAGUUCUGGUCAAAUUGACAGUUUUAUUUAUUGUAUAUUUUGUAUAUUAAAUUAUGUAUUUUACUGUAUAUUUUGUAUUGUAUAUCAAAUCAAUCUAUUUUUUUAACCUUAUUUUAAUGCAUGCCUCCAUUUUUAUUAUAUCAUAGUUUAUAGUAUUACUCUUUGCUUAAUGUUGCACCUUAAUGCUGCAGCAAGUUCCUAGUAUGUGACUUUUUUCACUGAUAAGGGCAAUAAAACUUAUUCUGAUGUAAGGUAAUCGGCCUCUAUUUUACCCGUAAGUAUUCACAUAUGCACUUUUAUUCCCUUUGUGUAAUUUAAUACCUUAUUACAUUUACAUUUCACUUUAACA